AUGGCCGCUUAUGGCACUGCCCUUAGCCUGGCAGCUAUCUUCAAAGCACAGCUGUGCACAGAGGACGAUGGUUGCCGCAAAGCCUUCUUUACGGAGCCGAAGAAUCUUGCUUGGAACAUCAUGGAUGUCAUCAUCGUCACUAGCGCUUUCGUAGAAAUCGUUGUGCAGGAUUCGCCUCCUGGUGUGUCUACCCUGACGAACAUGCGCGUGCUGCGGAUCAUCAGAAUAACCAGACUGGUCCGGCUGACCCGCAUCGCUCGCAUCACGCGCUUCAUCAAGGCGCUAAGAACAUUGGUGACCUCCAUUGUCUUCACGCUCAAGUCGCUGGUUUGGGCACUGGUUCUUCUGUCUUUAAUCAUCUAUGGGCUGCUCGGACUGCCUCACUUGAAGUUUGGAAUUGUCUUCACGCAAGCAGCGACUCUGUACCUCCUGGAUCACGGUGGCUUGGUGCUGACUGCUUUGUGCGAAGCCAUAGACGAGUACUGGCAUGAUCUCCCCGCCUCGAUGCUUACGUUGUUCAUGCUCUGCGGCAGCAAGAAACGGGUAGAGGGGGGCGUAUAG